AUGACACCCCCGGCACCAGGGGCGACCGUGGCCGCCCGGCAAUUACAACAAGCCGAGCAGGGCGGCGGCAAGCAACCGCUCAGCUGCGCAAACUGUCGACACCGCAAGAUCAAGUGUGACAAAAAUCAGCCGCGGUGCACGCAGUGCGAACGCUCCGACCUGGACUGCGUGUUCCCCUCGCGUAAGCGGAACCGUAAACCGCGCCAUGGCCGCCAGAGCGAGCUUCUCAACCGCAUCACCCGCCUGGAGAGUAUUGUCAGCAAAGUCGACUCGGGGAACCUCGAUGGCGGGGCCAAAGUAACAGCGACCACGCCAGGAGGAGGUGUUGGUACUGCUGCUGCUGCUGCUGCUGCCGCCACCACCGCCGCUCAAGUGUCGGCCGCCCGUGGGAAAAGCGAUUUCACGGCUGUGAGCGAGUCAGAACCGUCUCCCGCGCCGGGGUGGGACCAACCCGCCCCGCCGGCCAAUCUUAUGAGUGCCGAGUUCUGGGAGAAUCUCUGCCAGGAGGUCGAGGGCAUGAGGCAGGCGCUGGACCAGCCGUCUGACGGCGACGAGUCAUCGGAUGACGAUCUGCCGAUGACAAGUCCCGAGUCCUUCGCCAAUAAAGCCCUCACACCACCGGCGCUGUCGGGCCUGAUCUCGAGCAGCGGCGGCGGGUCGGCUUCCGGCGCCGAAAGCUUGCGGCACCCCUCGCCAGAGCACAUUCUCUACCUCUGCCGUGUCUUUUUCGACAACGUCGACCCGGCAUUCAAAGUCCUGCACCGGCCCACGACGUCGGCCGAAGUAGAGGCGUUUGCGAAUUCGCCUGCGAAGCGAAUCGACGAAUCCACCGAAGCCCUGUUCUUUUCCAUGUACUUUGGCGCCAUCACCAGCCUGUCCCACGAGGCAUGUUUGAAAAACCUGGGCGAGGAGAGGAGCGUCCUCGCGCAGCGGUUCAGGGAGGGCGUUGAGCGUGCGCUUUACAAAGCCGAUUACCUUAACAGCACUGAGAUCAAAACCCUUCAAGCGCUCACUUUGUACGUUUGUUUCCUCCGCUCCCACAACGCCAGCCGCGCCUCCUGGGCUCUCAUCCCGCUCGUCGUGCGCCUCGCGCAGGCCCUGCACCUCCACCGUGACGGCGUCGCCCCAUCCCUCCCGCCCUUCGAGGCCGAGAUUCGCCGCCGUCUGUGGUGGAUGAUUGUCGUUCUCGACAUCCGCGCCGCCGAGGACCGCGGUACGGACGCCGCCAUCCCUCGGCAGUCGUACAAUACGCGCCUCCCCUUCAACCUCGACGACGACGACUUCGGGCCGUCAACAACCACCCCGCUUGAAGACAGAACUGGCCCAACCGAGAUGACAUUCUGCCUGUGUACGUCCAUGUCGUCCGGUAUCUUUGGGAACCUCCGGCCGCGGCACCCGCAGCUCGCUCUCGACAACGACGGCGCGCCGGAGCCGACGACGUCCGAGGACGAAAUCAUGGCGCACGCGCAGCGUCUCGAGGCGCUCUUCGGAACCCCUCCGCCCCUACCCUCCUCGCAAGAGGGCGGUGACGGGGGCGACGAGAAGCAGGGCGAAAGUCAUUUACCAGCCUGCCACGCCGCCAUCACCGUGCGAAUCAUCAUCCUCAAGAUGUGGUUGUCGGCACAGUACCCCUUCACUCCCCGCGCGGCCGCGGCAGCAGCGAAGCCGCGCGUGGCGAGAGAAACGAUGCUGCGGACGGCGGUGAACACGAUCGAACUGGUCGAGUUCAGCACGAGCACCUACCGCGACCGGUUCGGGUGGUGGAUCGACAGCUACGUGCAGUGGCACCCUCUCGCCGUCGCCCUGGCGGAGUUGUGCGUGCAGACGAGGGGCGAGCUGGUGGAGCGGGCGUGGAAGGUUGUCGAUAGGACCUUUUUCGAGAUGGGAGCGAGGAUCGCGGACACGAGGAGGGGCACGCUGUGGAGGCCUCUUAAGAAGUUGUUGAGGAAGGCGAGAGCCGCGAGGGCGGAGGCGUUGAUGGGGAAUAUGAAGAUUGGUGGCUCGGAGGGUACGCGUGGUGCUACUUCUUCUUCUUCUGCUGCUGCUGCUGCUGCUGCCGCCGCCGCUGCGGCGAAGGGGAGCGUGACGUCCAAGGUUGGGACGGCGACCCAGGAAGAUGAGGACGAGGACGAGGACGAAGACGAGGAUGUUGACGUCGACGGGGAUGCCGAUGUAGAUGUAGACGUCCCUGUGCCCAACGCCACGCGUCAGCAGAUGCCGAGUGUAGCGCCUACCGGCGUCGGGGUCGGCGUGGGUGGUGCCGUCGGGGGCGGGGUGGGAGGAGCCGCGAUGAUGGUGGACAUGCCGCCGUCAGCGCCGCCGCCGAUGGAGGAUUUGCCAAUGCUCGAGAACGUGGCGUUAUGGGCGCAUCCGCAGGAGCUCAUCAACCAUUUCGGGCUGCAGAUGGAUGCCGGGGACUUUUCGUGGGACUGGAGUACGUGGAACGAAUUCGUGGACGAUGCGAACACGGAGAGGUCACCUGGGGAUGACUAA